UGGUGUUUAGAUAUUAAACUUAACCUCAAAAACAAUGUGGUUAUAUGAAGAUUGUGUAGAAAAGAAAAAUAUAUGGUAGGAAGGCAUGUUAAUAUAGAAAAGUUACCACUUGGAAAACAAUUUAUCUGAAAGAAGCACAGACCCUUUCGUCCGUCCUGUGAACAAAGAAGGAAUCAAGAGAGCAAGGACAGUGAUUUCCCCUGCACUGCAUCUGUCUUGAAGAUCAGUCAGAAAGAGAAACUCGGCAUCAUCUGUGACAGACAGUGGAACGAAAAAUGCCAGUGAAAUGCUGUUUCUACAGGUCACCAACUACAGAAGCAAUGACAUGGUCUGAAAAUAUGGACACACUUUUAGCCAACCAAGCUGGUCUAGAUGCUUUUCGAACAUUUCUAAAAUCAGAGUUUAGUGAAGAAAAUGUUGAGUUCUGGCUUGCCUGUGAAGACUUUAAAAAAACGACAAAUGCAGAAAAAAUGGCUUCCAAAGCCAGGAUGAUUUAUUCUGAAUUCAUUGAAGCUGAUGCACCCAAAGAGAUUAACAUUGACUUCAGCACCAGAGACCUCAUCUCAAAGAAUAUUGCUGAACCAACACUCAAAUGCUUUGAUGAGGCUCAGAAAUUAAUCUAUAGUCUCAUGGCCAAGGAUUCUUUUCCUCGAUUUCUAAAGUCAGAGAUUUAUAAAAAACUGGUCAAUCGUCAACAGGUUGCAAAUCAUAAAAAAUGGCUCCCUUUUUUGUGAGGAAGGUAAAUGUUAACUAAUUAAUCACUGUACUUCAUUCCAGGCUACAGUAGUUUAAAUAUACAAGCACAAUGCAUGUCUUUUGUUUUGUUUUUAGGAUUUAGAAAACAUUUUUUUUUUACCCAAGCAGACAAAUAACGUUUUGUCUUACAAACACAUCAAGCCUGAAUUUCUAAGUCAUUUGUUUAGAAUGUAUUUGUUUUACCAGCUACUUAAUCUCCUACUGGGGGAGUGCAAACAAAGUUUAUAGAGAUAUUUGAAACUGAAUAUUCUUCUUACAUUAUAAACGUAAGGAAUUAUACGUAUCUUCACGUGGCAGAAUGGAAGACUUUUGAGCAUCAUAUACGCGAUUUUAAAUACCAUUGCUUUAUUCAAAAAUCUCACUUUUGUAAAAAGAGAAAUUCUAAACCAAAAUACAAGCAUUCAUUUAAUAUAUUUAACUGUUUUUUUUUUCAACCAUUUAUUUCUAACUAUUUCUAAUAAUGUGGUGGCUAUGGAAACUGCUAUAUCUCUCAAAUUAUUUUGUUUUUAAUCACGGCAAUGUAUAUGGCUGAAUGCACCAUGGACCAAAGUUUUUCAAAAUAUAUCACUUGGUUCAAUUCAAUGACAUCAUAUAUGAAAUGUGAUGAGUUAUGUGAGAAAAGGGCCUCAAGGGUGGGGAAUACUGAUUUUCUUAUAUUAAUAGAAAUACAAAAGAAAGAGGAAGACUAAGGAACAUGGAUAAAUCCUUAUAUGAUGAAGUAUACAGCAAGUCAUAAAAUUUAAAAAUUUGCAAACUUAUCUACUCGAUUGUGGGGAAGUAUUCAUUCACUCCUUCCGCACUGAUACUUGUUUAUAAAACCCAAUUUUUAAAAUGCAUCUAUUUUUAGAUGUUUCUAAAAUUGUUUCAUUCUAUAUAUAAAUAUCCUGUGACAAAUAGGAAUAAUUUCAAUAUGAGAAGCUGUAAAGAUUGAACAGAUCUCCCAUGUUUCCCUUUUCUUUGCACAGAUUUAUUCAUCUGUACUGAUAUUUGUAUUUUUAGAUUGUUUGAACAUUAAAACAUGUAGGAAAAAUAGCAUGACUUAUUUUAUGUUUUCACAAACUACUCAUUUGAUAAACAAAAUUUUGUCUCCCCUUCGUCAUGAAAAAUAAACAUUUAAACAUAUGCAAA